AUGCUAAAGGUGAUCAAUGAGAAACUUGACCAACUCUUACCGCUCAGAGAAGUAGUUGAGGGCAUUGAAGAUUCAAUGCAAUUUUGGAGCGAGCAGUACGACAAACUGCGGGAACGAACAGAACAAAAUGAAAAGGACAUCAAAGACCUAAAGCGCAGAACGGAAAAACUUGAGGCGCAGGACGUUAUAGUAAAUCAGUUGCAAUGCGAAAUCGAUAACCUUGAAUGGAGAAGCCGGCGCUUUAACCUCGAGUUUCACGGAAUACAGGUAACCGAAAAGGAAAAUUUGCUGAGCAAACUAAACGUACUUGCCACACAGCUCGAACUGCCACAGCUUUCUGAUAUGGACGUGGUGUCCAUUCACCGUCUGCCUUCAAGGAAAGAUAAAACGCCGGGCGUAAUCUGCCGCUUUGCAAGACAGGCUGAUAGAGAUAGAUGGUGGGAAAGCAGAAAGAAGUUACGUGAUUCGAAUGACACUCUGUUUCUACUUGAAAACUUGACAAGACGAUCCCGUUCUCUACUUUUCGAAACGAAAGCCUGGGCCAAAAGGAACAAUUAUAAAUACGCGUGGCACAGCAAUGGCCGAGUGAUUGUGCGCAAGUCUGACGGAAGCCGCGCGGUGGUAAUCUCUAAUAUUGCCGACCUAGAUAAGCUUCGAUAAGAAAUGAGCAAUCGACUAUCUAUGGCAAGUACAGCCAGCGAAUCAUACUUACUUCCGAAUUCUUUUGAAAGGCAUCUAGGAAAACCGUUCUUGCGGUCGUUUAAAUGUUUUCACUUGAAUAU